AUGGACUUCAAAGACUUGGUUGCUCUCCGUUGUGAACUUUCUGUGCAGAGUCUGACAGAAGUUUCGGCUGCACUCCGCCGCGUGAUUCUGAGCAAGUCCUACUACGAGUAUCAGGUAACUAGAGCGCCCCUGCGGAGUUUCCUCAACAACGGACCGCUAUGGAUUUUCCAGACUCUGAGCGGUGCAGGCAGCCUAUGGGUAUCAAACUUUUACGACACUUGCCGGGAUCUCAUCGCGUCGGGAACGAGACCGGCAACAGGCACUUCCAGUUCUGCGGCGGGCGGCGCGCCAGCGAGGGCCUCACCGACCAGGGCGAGCGAUAAAACAGAAAAGAAAAAGGCUCGGAGGCUGCUGGAGCUAUGUCAGGCCGCACAGCCACCGGGGCUUCGCUCUUUGUGUGAACUAGAAAGGGCCCGAUGCCAGGCUGCUGUGCAUGCUCUCGGCCGUCUCGAGCGAGCCUUAGCAGUGUAUCUUGGAAGGGCCCAGGAGGAGCUUUCUCGUCUACGAAGUUUAGUCGAGAAAGAUCCUCAAAAUAGUUCUGAGUUGCGGGCACUCUUUCUCUCUUGCGACGAAUUGCAUCACCGUACACUAACAGCGCUGGAAGCAACCGAUGUGGAUGCUAUCGAGGAGGCUGUUUACGCCCACUUGUUGGUCGAUUCUGACGUUCUGGCUGAUCUGGAUCGCUGGGCUUCUAUAAUGAAAGAGGAUGCAGAACGAUUCAUUACGCUCCUGCGCGAUGUUCCGCGUAGAUGGAACGUCUAUUUGACUCUGGAAGAGCUCAGUCGCAUCAUGCCUGCGGCAGGACGUCAGUCCGGAAAGCGCCGCGGUCUGGGCUUCAUCGAGCGAUUGCAAAGGGUUUCGCUCAUUUACCCAUCGCACUUUGCGAGAAACUGGAUACGCUACCUGUGCGGUACCCUGACCAUCUUCUGGUCCUGGACGAAAAUCAGCGCACAUCGCGAGCAUGUGAUGCAUAUCGCACUGAGCGUACGUCAGGUUGUGAGAGGCUUCUGGGACGAGCGCAUUAUUACCCCGCUCACCAUGAUCUACAGGGAAAUCUUUCAAUCGUCGUAUCGAACAUUCAUGGAUCCGAAGGCGGUUCAGGCUGAGAAAGAGACCUUGAAGCGCAUGGUUGUGGAUUUUACCCGGGAGGCCUAUGCGCGCCUCCCGGACGACCAGCGACAGGAAGCUGAACUUCUGGCUGCAAAUGGUGAUCUCACACCGGUCAUGAAAGUCUACGAACGCCAGAUUCGCAGCCCUGUGGUGAAUAUGCUUGCUGGUGACGUGAUCAGAGCAUUACUCAUACAAGUCCAGAAACUCAAAGUUGAUGUCGAGCAGGAGAUGGUCGCUGUAGACUCCUUGGUUCGUUCGAACGAGCUCAAUCUCCAGAUCGCUGCUGCCGUUCCAGGCGUUCUUGGAUGUUGCCUAGCGGUCGCGCUCCUGUACCGCUGGUUCAGGCGUUGGUGGUCGAGUAUUCGCCUCACUGAAGUAGAUCGUUUCGGAGGUGGCGGAUAUCUCUGGGCCAACGCCUUCGCCGAGAAGCUUCCCACCCGUGAGCGGGCCCGCCUCUUGCUACGAGAUAUCGAACGCUAUCUGGUGUUGACGCUUUCGCUACGCGGCCCUGAAGCAGCUUCUGCGAGGCUUCAAGAGACGCCUCUGCUCCAGAAAGCACAAGUGCUCAACGGGAGAGCGCCGGCUUCGUUGGCGUCCGCUUCUCCGGAACGUGUGCAACGAGUAUCAGAUCGAACGCUCGCGACGUUCUUCCCUGGCGGUCUCGCUCAGGGUGAAACUGGCGAGAACCUCAAAAGCAGUGAAAAUAGUGUGAUUUUUCUCUCGACGGCUUGCAUUGCUGAGUACGAAGACAAAGGACGUAUUCUUCUCACCCUGGACGAACUGGAGGCCAUGGUAACGAGCCGCGCUGGAGAGUUUGGGAUCAGCCGCGGCUCUCAGCUGGAGACUCGCCUACGUGAAGAUCUUUUGGACCUGAGAUCAUUCGCUCUCGACGCUGAACAAAAACUGCUCACAAUCCUUCGAAUGCGCUCUACAUAUCCCUUUUUAUGGGAUCGCUAG